ACCUAACCGCUCCUGAUCUUAACUUUUUGACCGAGAAAAAGGCGUUUGCCUCUGAUGCCGUUUCCUCAUCUGUAAAAUAAGUUGGAUGAGAUGAUGUGCAGGUUAGCUCUUGAGCUCGAGAGUCCUCCUCUAGGCAACCCCCUUCCGAGCCCCGAAUUUACACCGAUGACUCACUGGUGCGUCCCAACGGCAGGUAGUGAGCCCCCUGGCCUCCCAGCUUCGCUGGCAGCUCUGGAAAGAAGCAGCUUCUCUCCUUAUAUGGUGAAAAGGGCCCUGUCCCUUUAAGGCCGGGAGAUGGGGCUGCAGACAUCCCCUGGAAGUUUUGCAGCAGCCUCAGCCUCCGGGGCGCGAUCCUGGCCGCUUUGCAGGGGAGCUCCCGGACCUUCCCUAGGAACGCGCCUCCCGGAGGCCCCGGGGCCGGCGGGCUGGGCACGGUGUUGGGGGAGGGGGCCGGGCCGGAGUUGGCCGAAGUUUGAGUGUCAGGGCAGCGGCCCCGGCGCCCGGGGAUGGCGGGGGCGGACACGCGGCCGCCCUAACUUCCAGGGUAGGACGGCCCAUCAAGGUUACGGAAGGCGCCGGGCUUGGCACCGGGACGGGUAUCUGCACUGGCGUCGGGCACGGGCAGCCUGCGGCCGGGCCCCGGAGAUGCAUGUAAGGACAUGUGCCCGGAGGAGGCCGGGAAUCUGAGCGAGGGCAGGGGGAUUACCGAGAGGAUGGGAUGGAUUUAGCCAGUGACGCUUGCAGCAGCAGCCGCUCCAGCUCCCGGUCCAACUCCAGCAAAGUGACCCCGUGCUCCGAGUGCAAAUCCUCCUCGUCGCCCUCCUCCUCCUCCUCCCCCGGCAGCCUGGACUUGGUGGCUGCCCUGGAGGACUAUGAGGAGGAGGAGAGUUUCCAGGUCUAUCGGAAGAAGGUGAUUGAUGAGUGGGAAGAAGAAGAGGACGAGGAGGAAGAGGAGGAGGAAGAAGAGGACAACAACCGGGGCUACCGGGACUACGGGCACACCGCCGGCCACCAGCGCUAUGAAAAGCCGGCCAACGGGAGGGGUCACGCCAAGGAGCUGAGGGGGGUGAAGCCCCCCACCUCCAGCAAGAGCACCGGCGGCUGCGGCGGCACCGGCACCGGCGCCCGGGGCACCGUCAUGCCGCCCCCGAUCCCCAACGGCAACCUUCAGCCCCCUCCGGACCUCAGGCACAACGGCAACGUGGUGGCGGCCGGACACCGGGGAGGCCACCCCGCCCCCCUGCAGAAAGGUCGGCCUGCGGGGGGGAGGCCGGGGGGCCCCGGGCCCGCGGGGCUCCUCCCGCUGCACCCCUUGGACGGUGGGACUUGUGUCAAGGAGGAGCCCCAGCUCCCCACCAUGGACUGGGAGGCUUUGGAAAGGCAUCUGGCCGGCUUACAGUUCCAGGAGCAGGAGGGGCGCAACCAGGGCCACGCGAAGCCAAACUCCACCUCGGCACAGAAAAAUGAAAGAGAAUCCAUCAGACAGAAGUUGGCUCUUGGGAGUUUCUUUGACGAUGGCCCAGGAAUCUAUACCAGCUGCAGCAAAAGUGGGAAACCAAGCCUUUCUUCCCGGCUACAAAGUGGGAUGAAUUUGCAGAUUUGUUUUGUGAAUGACAGCGGCAGUGACAAAGACAGUGAUGCAGAUGACAGUAAGACAGAAACAAGCCUGGACACUCCUUUGUCACCUAUGAGCAAGCAGAGCUCUUCCUAUUCUGACAGAGACACAACUGAAGAGGAGUCAGAAUCCCUGGAUGACAUGGAUUUCCUCACCAGACAAAGGAAGCUGCAGGCAGAGGCCAAGAUGGCUCUCGCUAUGGCCAAACCAAUGGCCAAGAUGCAAGUGGAAGUGGAGAAGCAAAACAGGAAAAAAUCUCCAGUGGCCGAUCUCCUGCCACAUAUGCCUCAUAUAAGUGAAUGUUUGAUGAAAAGAAGUUUAAAACCUACCGACCUGAGAGAUAUGACCAUUGGGCAACUACAAGUGAUAGUCAAUGAUCUCCACUCCCAAAUAGAGAGCUUGAACGAAGAGUUGGUGCAGCUGCUACUCAUCCGGGAUGAAUUGCACACGGAGCAAGAUGCCAUGCUGGUUGACAUAGAAGAUCUGACUAGACAUGCUGAAAGCCAGCAGAAGCACUUGGCCGAGAAAAUGCCAGCAAAAUGAACCCGGAGCCCCCACCAGGAGACCACGCUCGAAAACUAUUGUACUUCUGUGGUCGUAAAAUGUGGAUACACCCUUGAAGGGGUGCACCAAGAAACAAAAAAAAAUCAGUGUUAGUCAUUGAUGAUGUCCGAAGCUUCAUGUCCAGUGAUUGGCCUUUGCUUCUUAAUUUAUUUUAAUUUUAACUCGUGCCACUAAAUAACCGGCAUUUUAAUAAAAUACAGUUAUGAGAAGAAAAUGUACAGUAGCCAUGCUGUUACAAACCAUGGUUGGGAACAGAGGGUAGUUUAACUUUAUUUUUUAUUUGUUUAGAGACUUUCAGUUGGACCCGUCCUUUCCCAUUGCCUACUUUUACUCUUCACUGUAGUUCACUCUAAAGAAGAAGCUGUCAAAGCCGGUGCUAUCCAAGUCCAAACCAUACCUGCCUGCCUCGUCGUGAAGUUGUAGCUUUCCGUCAUCUGGAUAUUUUAAUCAGUUUUCAACAUUUUGUGAAUGUUGACUACCUGACCUUCAUUUUUAGAUGUGCUAUUAACAUUGAGCUGGAUUCAGAGAGUUUCCCUGGAACGUUUUAUGUAUAAAU